CCAGCGGCCACUUCCGGCGCGACCAUUUUGUUUUUCACCGCUCGCCAAGGGUACCGGCGCCCCGCUCUUCACCAUGUUCCCUGUGGCUCGGGCUGCCCUCAGCCUCACCGCUCGAGGCAUUCGGCAGACUGCAGUCAGACAAGCUCAUCGCAAACAUGAGCCUGACUUCCACGACAAACACGGAAACCUGGUGCUCAUUGGUGGAGCCGUUGUUUUUACUGCUGUCUGGGGAUACGUGCUUACACAGCUUGACAUUGAGUGGGGCUUCUCACCUGUGGGCAGAGUCACUCCAAAAGAAUGGAGGCAGUAAUGAACUCUCUGCAUGUAAUGAGCUGCUCUAAACUUCCACUGAAGAAACAAUCACAUAAUGGUAUUUGUUCUCUGAUUACCACUUGUGCAGGGGCAUUCCUGGUUUAAUAAACAUACCUAGAAACCUG